ACAUAGGGGGUGCCAAGCAAUCCCGGACGGCCCUGAAUCACCCGCCGGAAGCCUCGCCAGAUCAAAGCUGUCGGGAAGCGCGCAGCAAGCUGGAGGAGCAGCCGAGGCAGCCGCAGCAGGAGCAGGAAUCUCCCAGCUCCUGCUCCCAACGCUUGGUGAGGCUCUUUCGGGCCCCUGCUGCCUGCGGCCCCCUGUGCUGCCCGCCUGUCCUCCUCCAGCCCUCGGGCUACCCUGGGCUUCCUGCCCUUGUCUUCUUCCUCUCCUACCUGCAAAUACCGGGAGUUCUUAAAAACUAGGCCUUCCCCGAUGGAGGAUCUCUAUGAAGCAAAUGGCAGUUUUGCCAUUAACUUAUUAAAAAUGUUGGGUGAAGAGGACAGCUCCCGAAAUGUGUUCUUCUCCCCUCUGAGCAUCUCCUCUGCUCUGGCUAUGGUCUUCAUGGGGGCCAAAGGAAACACCGCCACCCAGAUGUCCCAGGCGCUUUGUUUGAACAGAAGAGGAUAUAUUCACCAAGAUUUCCAGUCACUUCUCACGGAGGUUAACAAAUCUGGCACUCAGUACUUGCUCAGAACUGCCAACAGACUCUUCGGAGAGAAGACAUGUGAUUUCCUUCCUGCCUUUCGGGAGUCCUGCCGGCAGUUCUACGCGGCCGAGCUGGAGGAGCUGUCCUUUGCAGAAGACAGCGAAGAAUGCAGGAGACGCAUAAACGACUGGGUGGCACAGAAGACGGAAGGUAAAAUUUCAGAGAUUCUGGGCGCUGGGGCAGUUGACCCACUAACGAAGCUGGUUCUCGUGAAUGCCAUCUAUUUCAAAGGAAAGUGGAAUGAGCAGUUUGACAGGAAGCACACAAGGGGAAUGCCCUUUAAAACCAACCAGGAGAAGAAGACCGUGCAGAUGAUGUUUAAGCAAGCUAGGUUUCAUGUGGGGUACGUGGAUGCGGUGCACGCUCAGGUCCUGGAGCUGCCCUAUGCGGGGCGGGAGCUGAGCAUGGUUGUCCUGCUGCCAGACGACAACACCGGGCUCGCCGUGGUGGAAAAAGCACUUACGUACGAAAAGUUCAGAGCCUGGACAAAUCCAGAGAAGAUGACGAAGGAUAAAGUUCAAGUUUUCCUUCCCCGACUGAAGCUGGAGGAGAGUUACGACUUGGAGCCUUUUCUUCGACGUUUAGGUAUGACCGAUGCGUUUGAGGAAGCCAGGGCGGACUUUUCUGGAAUGUCGGCGAAGAAGAAUGUGCCCGUGUCCAAGGUGGCUCACAAGUGCUUUGUAGAGGUGAACGAGGAGGGCACGGAGGCGGCGGGGGCCACGGCCGUGGUCAGGAACUCGCGGUGCAGCAGACCCGAGCCUAGAUUUUGUGCAGACCACCCCUUCCUCUUCUUCAUCACGCACCGCAGCACCAACAGCAUCGUGUUCUGCGGCAGGUUCUGCUCUCCCCCUUAAGGUGCAGUUGCUGUAAACGCACUCCUUUCGCUUCUGCCCACUUUGCCUUAGCGCAGAGUCCUGGUGACCGAAUCGGUGUGGUGGUUUGAAUGUCCCAAUAAAGCGUGUGCUCCUGGGGAA